UCAAGUUGACAAAAAGUGGCAUGCCUAAACGCUGUCGUGUUAACAUCUCGAAGACUUGGAGUCGAACACUCCAGAAAAAUCCUAAAACCCUAAAACCCAAAAUCCUUGACGAAGAACCCAAAUCAAGAAACCAAAAAUGGCCGGAGGUAGAUUCAGAGAACUCUUAAAAAAGUACGGAAAAGUUGCAAUAGGAGUUCAUUUCUCAGUGUCAGCAGCUUCAAUUACAGGCCUCUACAUUGCAAUCAAGAACAACGUCGAUGUCGAAUCUCUUUUCGACAAAUACCAUCUCCCCGGAAUAUUAUCCAAAAACCCCAAUCAAGAAACUAAUUCUGAAGUUGGGUUUGUUGAGAAUGAUAAAAACUCAGCUGAUGUGAUUGUCGAGAAGCCGAGGAAUCGGACUGCUGAGCUUACUGCUACUACUGGUGGAGCUCUUGCUCUUGCUCUGCUGUGUAAUAAGGCCUUGUUUCCUCUGCGGGUUCCGAUUACUAUUGCGGUUACGCCUCCGCUUGCGAGGUUCUUGGCUAGAAGGAGAAUUAUCAAAAAUACUGUAUGAUUUAUUUAUUUGUUUAUGCUUCUUGGUUUAUAUCAGUUUAUGUUAAUGAAUUGUUGUUGGUCUGUUUUGGUAUCCCUGUUCUUGAUGUUGUUGUUGGGAGAUUUUUAUACGAAACAGAGAGGGGGAUUGAAAUUGGAAAUAUGAUGUUAUGCUAAGGUCUUAAUUAGCAGCAAUAAUUGAUUUAACUUUUUGAA